ACUGGCGAGAAUAAUUUUUCUUUAGAGUCACACUGAUUUUUUGUCUAUCAUUAUCGUCUACUUAGCUUUGUAAUUUAUUUUGUUUCGGGAACGAAAACUACAUUAAAAAAUCGAUAAAAUGGCCGCUCGCGGCGAUCUAGUUGCACAAUUUAUUGAAAUCACUGGCACCGAUGAGACAACUGCCAAAUUUUACUUGAACAGCUCCGACUGGGACAUUGAGCAAUCACUUGGCAACUACUGGACCACACAGUCAGACCUACCCGUUGCCGAUCCAACUGCCGGCGGACAGUCGAACAACCCGACACCGGCAACAACAUCAACUGGUGCCGGCGCCUUCGGUGCAGCUGCCCCGGAAACAAAAGCUGUGCCGGCUUCAAGUAGUGUUCCACCAAAGGCGUCAGCUGCUAAACCAAAGUUUGCCACGCUAAGCGACAUGUCAACGCAGUCGUCCAGCGACGAUGAGCAUCAGGCAUUCUACGCCGGCGGCUCCGAUCGCUCUGGUCAGCAGGUAUUGGGUCCGGCUAAGAAGAAGAACUUUCGCGAACAGCUCACCGAUAUGAUGCGCUCCGCUCAGGAGCAGAAUAUUGCCGAAGUGGGUGCAGGUCCAUCGACCAGCGGCACAGGGAAUCCCAGUGGCGGCAGUGUUUGGGGCCAGGGCAUGCGUCUGGGCAUGACGGACAAUGAUCACACGGCUGUGGGUACCAAUCGAACCGCACAGUUGUCUGAGAACAAGCCGGUCGUAGUACUUAAGCUGUGGAGCCAAGGCUUCUCAAUUGAUGGCGGCGAGCUGCGCCACUACGAUGAUCCACAAAACAAGGAGUUCCUCGAGACGGUUAUGCGAGGGGAAAUUCCGCAAGAGCUACUGGAAAUGGGACGUAUGGUGAAUGUCGAUGUGGAGGAUCAUAGACAUGAGGAUUUCAAGCGCCAGGCAGCGCCACAAACGUUUAAAGGAUCCGGACAGAAACUGGGCAGUCCGGUGGCCAAUGUUGUCACCAAUACACCGUCAGACGCCACAGCCGCUGCUGCUGUCGCUCCCGAGGAUGUAGCUAAACAGGAGGCUAGUGCACGUGAUGCUUUAAAUUUGAAUGCCGGAGCUCCUCUGACCACAGUCCAAAUACGUUUGGCAGAUGGCUCACGCUUGGCGGCUCAAUUCAAUUUGACGCACACCGUCUCGGACAUUCGACGUUUCAUCCAAACCGCUCGUCCUCAGUACUCGAAUAGCAACUUUGUGCUGGUGUCAUCGUUUCCCACACGUGAGCUGAGCGAUGACAGUUCCACCAUUGAGAAGGCGGGCCUCAAGAAUGCUGCGCUGAUGCAGCGCCUCAAGUAAACAUGGAGGAUCACGAUAAACAAACACAUACUACAUAUAACACAAAUAAUAAUAAUAAUACUAUUGGAUAUGGUGCAUUCAAAUGGCAUUCGAUAAUAAUUUGUAUUGCCAAUUCGAUGAUAAAUAAUUGUCUAUUUAUUAUAUUACAAUAUAUAAAUCUUGUCCGCUGGAGGCAAGUUGUCGUGCAAGGCUAAUGCUGGUUGCUUUUAUGGCAGUCUAGUCGAGUCGUGCUUAAUCUAA